AUGUCGCCGAUGAUGAGCACCCUCUCGUGCGUGUCGUGUCGUAUCGCUUCUUUGAGCUCCUUCCACGCCUUGGCGAUUUCGUCAUUGCUCUUUCCUGUGUCGGGCAUAUACGCGCCGUACACGCUGAUUCGCGAUUAUGUCGACCUCCUGUUCUGGUUCAACCUUUUUGAGUUUGUCGGUGUUCCAUACGAUGGCCAUCGCUUCACUCGGUGUGGUGGCCAGGUCCUUACCAUUGCCUGUUUCUUUUCUCCUGUAUACGUCACUUUCUCUGCUUACCAUGUGCUGGCCAGGUCGGUUGUAUGCGAAUAUUCGGAUCCUCUUGAUAUCGGCCUUGCUGUUUCGCCGUCCUCUUCCGACUGCGUCGCCUUCCUCGCACGCACUCCGACGUCUCCCAAGCAUCCUCUCAUUGUCUGUGAGGGUCCGGAGGUCUUCCUCGCGGCAUAG